CUCAUAAGUGUGGGCAUCUCAGCUGAAAGUCUUGGCUAUAAAUAUCCAAAAAGCUGGCCCAGCUUCUCCUCUGUCGCAUCUUCCGGAGUUUCGCAGCGUAGCAGAUAAAGAUAUUGCAGCAUGGAUAGUCUUCACAGCUAUUGGCAGUUUGGCGACGAGCUUCGAGGUCAGUCAAAAGUUUCAGAGGAUCAUCAAUGGUCAACGGCUGCUAUGAAAUUGGCUCAGCAGAUAAGGUCCAAGGGUGAACGGAGGAAUAACCUAGACCUUUCGAAGGGCUCAUCUGAAAUUAGGCCCAGGGAUAAUAUAGGGUUUCAGGAAGAUAACAAGUGGGAAAGCCUUAACUUCUACAUGUUGAAUUUGGAUACCAAGAUGAAUGAAAAUACGUCGAAGAGUUCCAUUACAAAAGGCAUGUAUAACAUGAAUUCAGCUUAUCUUAAACCCAACGCCAACAACUUGGGAAAUGUGUCUUUAAGCAAGUUCAACAUUGGGAAAAACACAAAGGAAAGCAACAACAACAAUAACAACAGUGAGAGCGCCAAUGGGAAUAAUGCCACUGACAAAAGGUUUAAGACUUUGCCUGCUGCCGAGACACUGCCCAGGAAUGAGGUUCUUGGUGGAUAUAUAUUUGUUUGCAACAAUGACACGAUGCAGGAAGACUUAAAACGCCAGCUGUUCGGUCUACCUCCAAGGUACAGAGACUCUGUGAGGGCGAUAACACCAGGCUUACCCUUGUUCCUCUAUAAUUAUACUACUCACCAGUUACAUGGUAUCUUUGAGGCAGCAAGUUUUGGAGGUUCUAACAUUGAUCCAACAGCUUGGGAAGAUAAAAAGUGCAAAGGAGAAUCAAGAUUCCCUGCUCAGGUGAGGACCUGUGUUAGGAAAAUCUGUAAGCCUUUGGAGGAAGAUGCUUUUAGACCAGUUUUGCAUCACUAUGAUGGUCCCAAGUUCCGUCUUGAGCUCUCCAUACCUGAGACUUUGGACUUGCUAGACCUCUGCGAAAAAGCUGGUGUCUAGGAAUGCUGAAGUAAUGGACUAAUUGGCAUAAAGAAAUUGUAGCAGUGUAUGUGAAUGUUAUAGGUUGUGUUGUGCUUGUCAGUGGUGUGCUUUCCGCAGAUUUUCCAAAGCGCAAGCUUCGGUGGUAAGUCUGAAGGGACUUAGUUGUAGGAUUGUCUUUUGUAGCCAAAUAAGUGUAAUGGUUCUCUGUGGAGAUGUUUGCAAAGUAGCUUCACAAAUCUUGUACUAAGCUUGAGAAGUAAUUAUGAUUGUGUAAUGAGUAAAGAUCGUAUGUAUUUCUAUUUCUGCAUGGAACUCUGCGUAAUCCAAUUUGUGCAGUGAAUUCUGAACUA